UCAGCAGUGGCCUAUAUUCAGCUUUUGUGUGCUCUAGAAAGUUGAACCUUUCAGCACUCAUUCUGCAGCCCAGACAGACACUGCUCUUCUGAUUAACAAUGAUUGCACUCAUUAUAUACACCGCUCUGACAGGUUUGGCGAUUUUGCCGUUACUGCUUUACUUGAGAAACCCUUAUUUUUUUCAAGAUUUACGUUACACGAUUUCUAUGAUUCAAAUUGGUGUAUGGAUGAGUAAAUUCAAGAAGCAGAAACCCUUUUACAGUAUUUUGGAUCGUUUUCUGGAUCAAGUGGCGAGGCAGCCGCAUAAGAAGUUCAUACUUUUCGAGGAAAGCUCGUACACUUACAGCCAGGCAGACAAAGAAAGCAGCAAAGUGGCCAGAGCUCUCUCCUCGUAUGCCCAGCUGAAGGAGGGGGACACGGUGGCCCUCUUCCUGGGCAACGAGCCUCAGUUCGUGUGGAUCUGGCUCGCUCUGACCAAGCUGGGAUGCACCGCUUCUUUACUGAACAACAACAUCAGAUCCAAAUCUUUGCUGCACUGCUUCUCCUGCUGCGAAGCCAAGGUUCUGGUCGCUGGUGCUGACCUGCGAGGGGCUGUCGAGGAGGUGUUGCCCACCUUGAGCCAGCAGGGCGUCCGUGUGUUCAUCCUCAGCGAGGACUCCGGUGUGGAGGGCAUUGAAAGCCUCUCUGAUAAAAUUCGGCAGGCCUCAGACCAGCCUCUCUCACCUCAGCUGAGGGCCAACGUUACCAUGAAGAGUCCUGCGCUGUACAUCUACACCUCAGGAACCACGGGGCUUCCCAAGGCUGCUGUAAUCAACCAUGAGAGACUAUGGAUGGCAUCUUUUUUCCAGUCUCUUGCUGCCGUACGCUCAGAUGAUAUCAUCUACGUGUACCUGCCUCUUUACCACAGUUCUGGCAUGCUGAUGGGACUCUGUGGAGCCAUAGAAAAAGGCAUCACUGUUGUUUUAAGACGUAAAUUCUCUGCCUCCCACUUUUGGAAUGACUGUCGAAAGUACAACGUGACUGUUUUUCAGUACAUAGGAGAGAUUAUGCGCUACCUCUGCAACACCCCAAAGAGAGACAAUGACAGAGACCAUAAAGUCCGAUUGGCUGUAGGGAACGGGAUAAGGGCCGACGUCUGGGCCGAUUUCGUGCAACGAUUUGGGGACAUUAGUAUCUGUGAAUGCUAUGGAGCGACUGAAGGAAAUGUUGGCUUUGUCAACUACUGUGGCAAAGUUGGAGCUAUUGGCAAAGAGCAUUUUCUCCACAAAAUGGGAUGUCCGUAUGCCCUCAUAAGGUACGACACAGAGAAAGAGGAGCCAGUCAAAGACUCCAGAGGAUUUUGUAUUGAAGUCCCCAGAGGAGAGAUCGGUUUGCUCGUGACAAAAAUUGGAGAAAGAACACCUUUCACCGGCUACGCCAAGAGCAAUCAGCAGACAGAGAAGAAGAAGGUGAGAGACGUGUUUGUGAAGGGAGACCUCUACUUUAACAGUGGCGACCUUCUGAAGAUGGACAACGAGGGAUUUAUUUUCUUUCAAGACCGCAUUGGAGACACUUUCAGGUGGAAAGGAGAAAAUGUGGCAACUACAGAGGUGGCUGAUCAUUUACUCACGGUGGACUGUGUUGAAGAGGCCAAUGUCUAUGGUGUGAAGGUGCCAGGCAAUGAGGGAAGAAUAGGAAUGGCAGCACUGAAGCUCAAAGAAAACAUGGACUUUGACGGCAAAGCUGUGUAUCAGCACGUCGAGAACUACCUCCCCAGUUACGCACGGCCACGCUUCAUUCGCAUACAGGAAGUAGUGGUAGUAACUGGGACUUUUAAGCAAAUGAAGGUGAAGCUGGCAGAGGAGGGCUUCAACCCCGCCGUCAUCAGGGACCCUUUGUUCUACCUGGAGGACAACAAGGGCUACGUACCCAUGACUCAGGAGAUAUUCAGCUCCAUCGCAGAAGGAAGACUCAGGCUCUGAAUGAGAUUCAGUGUUUAUUAUUGGAUUGUCACUCUUAAAAUAAUACAUUUGAUUUAAAUGACACAAGAUGCCAAAUUAAUUAAUGACCUGCACAUUGAGCAUUUAUGUACAGCACAUUUCAUGAGCUACUUCUGGGGAAUAUUGUGUAGUGAAGUAUUUAGUUUGAAACACUUUAAUAAAAAAUAUUCUUAAAACAUGAUUGUAAAUGAGCUAAGCAAUCCCAAAUCAUUGACACGCUUCGGUAGGGAUCUUCAAAUUACCAAGAACUGAAUGUGCUUGCUCAGCACCAACACAGCUAUCGCAGUAAAUUGGUUAAUUAUCAUACUGAGCAUGUAUGAACUACUGUACACUGCUUCAGGAUCAUUCCAGGAGUUUAGGAGCAGUGGCAGUUUCCAGUGGAGUAGGAGAGGGAGCUGUGUUGGCUACAGGGGAAGAACACAUACAGUUCAUUCGUCUGCAGGUGGAGGACAAGUGUUUUUGAGUUGCCUGUGAAACCUUCACAGGGCAGCACAGCUGGUGGCGGCCGCACUGCAACAACUGGUUGCAGAAAAUGGGUACGCUGUAGAACUUUGUCAGCUUUUUCAGGUCAUGUUUAACCAGAAGAUUUGAAUGCAUCUCUCUGAUCUUAUACAUGGGACCGGAUCCUGCCAUUGAUGGCACAUCGGGGUGUGCGCCUGCAGCAUCUUUCAGACUAGGCCUUGUUUCAAAGUCAUAGCAGGACAGCGGACCGACGCAAGUGUAAGGCAGAGGCUCGCUGCUGCAGCUAAGAGAUCGCAUCGGUCUCCGAGAUCGAUUCCAAGCCUUGUCAAUCCACAGCUCCACUUCAUUCUUGUCCAGCCUGGAGGCAGCAUCCUCUCUCUCCUCAGACUUGGUGUCUGAGUCGCCGUCUUGUUUUUCUUGUAUCACCUCAUCCUUCCCUGAUUGUGGUUGGUCUGCGUUAUUCAGAGCCUGUGUCUCAGCCAGCAGAGUGGAAGCCGUUUUGGAGAUGAUGCUCCAGUCCUUAAGGAUGUCCUCCGCGGUGCUGAACUGUGAGGUCACCGUGAAGCGGAUGAUGCGCUUUGUGUGAAUGUCUGCAGGGAUGAGGUACAUGGUGCCCGACCGGGUCAGUCUCCUCAGCAGCUCCUGGGUCAAAGCAUUUCCUCCCUAAAAUUAAAAAAAAUGACAUUAAAUCUUCAUAAAUGUUGCUGAGCCAAAAAACAGCUUCCAAACUAAAAACUAACAUAAGCAUUUUCAGCGACAUAGAGUCAAUGUUUCAGCUCUUCUUUAUGAUCUGUGGUAUUGCUCUUGCCCUCACCUGUGUUUGAUGAAAACAAGUUAUUCAGUAAUUCACCUUUGAACGAGGUAUCUCAACAAUGAUUAGUCAAUAAAAGACAUGUUGCUGUGUAGUACAAAUGUGUGCCACAUACUUUCAGACAGAACACCACCAGGCCGAGGUGCCUCUCGGCAGGAACCUCAAAAUUUGGCUCACUUUUUAUGUGAGACUCCAAGAGCUUUGCCAUCUCAAUCCCCUAAAAAAAGACAAAAGAAAUAUACAUGUAAAUUCUGAAACAUAAAAACGAAUCAAUUCCGUUGUUUGUCAUGGACUUCCGUGGAUGCACUUACAAGUCCCAUAUCUGAUGAUAUUAGAUAUUUAUUCUUUAGAUCAUUUGCAUGAAGAGAACUGAGUGCCACUUACAUGUCUGAUAUGAGCCUGGAGGUUUUUCAGCCCAAAGGAACGCAUAACAAACCAGAGCUUUAGAGAACGGAAGCGCCGGCUGAGGGGAAUUUGCCAAUGCUGAACAACAGAAAAAAGCAGAUUCAUUGCUUGAAAUGAUUUACUACGAUAUAUGAUUCUUUAAUUGGGUGAAGACGUGACGGUAUGAUACCAUAAAGUCUGUGGCUGCCUGUGAGUUUUCAUGUCUGAGGUAAACAGGAUCAACAGUGAACGUCUGUUGGAGCUUAUAUUUAUCCUUAACCCUGAGAAAACAAAGUAAAACCAUAUUACCAACCAACAAGCUUCAUUGAUAAUGUUAAUUUCUAUACAUGGGAGAUCGGGCUUCAGUCUUCUUACUCACCAGAAAGCUGUGCAAUCAAAAUGGACCAUCAUCCACUUUGAGGGGUUGAAAACAAAAGAGUGAGCAAAUUCAAUGCCCUCCAGGGACCAGCGGAGCUCAGGACAGAAGUAGGCUGAGCCAGCAUACGCAGCAUCGACAUGGAGCCACAGUCCCUCUUCUGCACCUGAAAAACAGAUUUGAAUACAAGUACGGUAAUUCUCUGAAUGCAUCUCAGUGGAACAACACAAUAUUUUGACUUUACAGACGUUUAAACAGACAUCAUUGGGAGGGAAUUUGAAGACGUACAGACUGGUCCCAGUUCAGGCAGAUUGUCAAAGGCACACACUCCUGUUGUUCCCAACGUUGCGCACAGCUGAACAGGGGAGAAACAAAAUGACAUCAUGUGAGAUUUGACAUCUAAUGUCCGUAUUUUGCUGUAAUUUUUUUUUUAAAUUUCCAUUAUUUGUUCAUGUUUCAGCCCUACAAAUUGUGCCAUAUUGUAAAAUUAAAUCUAAAUAAUAACACUGAUUUUUAAAAAUAUUUUUUACCGUUGUUUCUUAACCAAUACAAUUAAUGUCAAUAAGUUUCUGUUACAAGCAUUCAAAAUCCAAUUUAAAUAAUCACACAAGUA